AUGGGUUCCGUCGUCAUCCCCCACCUUCCCACCGCAUGGCACGUAGACCAAGCCAUCAUGUCAGAAGAAGACCGCCUCGUAGUGAUCCGCUUCGGCCGCGACUGGGAUCCCGACUGCAUGCGACAAGACGAAGUCCUCUACAAAAUCGCCGACCGCGUCAAGAAUUUCGCCGUCAUCUAUCUCUGCGACUUGGAUCAAGUCCCCGAUUUCAAGCAAAUGUACGAACUCUACGACACGUGCACCAUCAUGUUCUUCUUUCGCAAUAAACACAUGAUGUGUGAUUUCGGAACGGGGAAUAAUAAUAAGCUGAAUUGGGUGUUGGAGGAUAAGCAGGAGAUUAUUGAUAUCUUGGAGACGGUGUACAAGGGUGCGAAGAAGGGGAGGGGUUUGGUUGUGAGUCCUAAGGAUUAUAGUACGAGGUAUCGGUACUGA